UGAAGGCGCGCGAUGACACCAGGCAGUUGUUCAAGACUCGGAAUCAAGGAAUGAAAUUCUUAUGACAGCGAGCCGGCUUUUAGAGUGUGAAAGAAGUCAUUCCAGGGUUUUCCCAAUCGAGACGACAGCUGCAGGAAGGCGUACUUGGUAGCCUGGCGUGCUCGUCGCGUUGUAAUAGUGAGGAGUCCCGGAGUUAUCUCCAGCUGAUCUCGGGUCCUGGUGAUGAAGAUGUUGCUGGCCGAGUAUGAAGCUAUUGCGGCUCGACACAGCCAGUUACCUGUUCGGAAAAGUCUAGACGUGCUGUUGAAAGAGUUCGCGCACGUCCCCGGUCAUGUACUACGGUCGAUUGUGAGUGGCUGCUUCGUUCGAUGGGUUAGAAAGAACCACCAUCGGUUUUCUUCGGUGACGAGCAGAGCGAUGUACUACGGACAUUUCAAGGAAAGGAGUAAAUCUCCGCGGCCGGGAUUCCUUCUCGAAAUGGCGGAUCAGAUGAAGUUUUCUCCCUCGCUCCUCUGUCGUCUGAUACUGGAGAACUAUCUGACGGAAAUAGGAGACCCCCAGGGGAAAAAACGGAUUACAAAUCUACUCAAAGAUUCGUCGCUUAUAAGGGACAAAGUUUUGGCGUUCGAAGUUUUCUACUGUACCAUCAACGAUCCCUUCUAUGGACCGUAUAAUGAUGCCAAGAAAGAAAUAUCAGGUCAGGAGAACGAAAUUCGACUGAAGGAUUUCUUGAGAGAGAAGAAUAUUGCCUUCCUGGACGAGAAUGACCUUCGCGACCAAGGAUUCGAUAAAACCGUCGACGUCAAGCUCUCAGUUCCAGCCGUGAUCAAUGGUGAAAACAUCAUAAUGUGGAUCGAGUCGAAGUCGGCUUUCGGAGACCCGAAAACACAUGCGGAGUGCACCAGGGAGCAAUAUCAUUCAUACGUGAAUCGUUUCGGUCCCGGGCUCGUCAUCUACUGGAGUGGCUUCGUUGAUGAGCUCCAACAUUGUCCAGAAAAUCAAAUCGGGAAUUCAAUCGUGUACCUGGCAGAUUCUCCUCCUGAAGAUAUCCGCUCUAUGAUCGAUUUGGUCUGA